GGUACCUGGCGGCCGUCGUCGGGAUGAUCAGCAGUGUGAAGAUGGCGGUUGUGAGUGCGCAAAAUAACGGGGACGGUGCUAAACCCAAGCACGGGAAAGUUAUUUUGUUAUUAGAGAACUGCAUAUUGCCGCCUGAGAGAUUGCUGUCAACUCCAUCAAACGCCGACGGACUGGAUAUCAACGCCGAAACGGACCUGAGGAUACUCGGAUGUGAACUCAUUCAAACGUCCGGGAAGCUUCUGCGGCUACCUCAGGUUGCAAUGGCGACUGGUCAAGUGCUAUUUCAUAGGUUCUAUUUUUCCAAGUCUUUCGUCCGUCAUAGCAUGGAGAUUGUGGCCAUGGCAUGCAUAACACUUGCGUCCAAAAUCGAAGAAGCCCCCAGGAGAAUUAGGGAUGUGGUCAACAUCUUCCAUCACAUCAAGCAAGUUAAAGGAGCAAAAACCAUACAACCACUGAUUCUAGACCAGAAUUACAUUAAUCUCAAGAACCAAGUCAUAAAGGCUGAGAGAAGGGUGCUGAAGGAGCUUGGCUUCUGUGUCCAUGUCAAGCACCCGCACAAGAUUAUUGUCACGUUAUUACAAGUGUUGGACUGUGAGAAGAAUAUGAAGUUGAUGCAGGCAGCAUGGAACUACAUGAACGACAGCCUGCGCACGGACAUUUUCGUUCGGUACAGUCCCGAGACAAUAGCCUGUGCCUGCAUUUACCUCAGCGCAAGAUUGCUACAGAUUCCGCUACCCAACCAGCCUCCGUGGUAUGCCGUCUUUAACGUUCAGGAGGAGGACAUCCAGGACACCUGCAGACGAGUUCUGGCCAUCUAUUGUAGAAAGCCCGAUUCGGAGGCCCUGGAGAAGAAGGUCGAAGAGCUGAAGAAGGCCCACCUGGAAGCCAAGCUGCGGGCCAAACUGGCCUCGGGGACCUUGACACCUACUCUUGGCAACGGCUCCAGCUUUUCACCUAGCUCUAGGAACAACUCGCCAAGGCAGUCGCCCACGCUAGACUCAUCGACCAAAAAGAAGGAGGAAACAAAACCCGCAGUUGAGCGAAGCCCCAGGGUGGACCGCACUGCCUCCAACCACAUUCCCGGAACGGGGACCAAGCGGAAAGCCAGCCCAUCAUCGCCGUCUCCUGUGCGUAGCCGCAAGGAGACUUCCCGCCAGGGACACUCGAGCUCGUCGAGCAGUGGCAGCAGCCCUCCUACCUUGGGAGCCCCUCUUGUUCGAGGGCGCACCCCACCCCGAAGCUACAAGGAUUCUGGCUCUGGACUGAGCUCUCCUGUUAGAUCCAAGCUUGAAGAUGGAAGGUCCAAAGACAGCUCCAACUCAAAGCGACACAGUUCUCACAAGCGCAAGAGGAGCAUCUCCUCGCGUUCCCGUAGCAGGUCGCCAUCCCACAGGCAUGGCAGCAAGAAGAGCUCAACCAGUAGCCACCGGUCAUCACGCCACAAAUCAUCGCCUUCUGGCCACAGCGAACACAACCACCGCCACCACCGCUCCUCGUCAUCUAAAAAAGAGCGCUCGAGAGAAGGCCGGAACCAUCGCACAGCCAUAACAGCCCGGAGGUGAAAGGAGGCCCCAGUGAGAGAUCAAGACACUUCAUCUGUAAAUAACAUCGCAGUGGGAAAAAGCAUCAGCCUGGAUGAGAGAGUGAAUGUGUAUGCGAAUGCUAUGUGUAUAUAAAAUGUAUAGAAAGAAAUGUGUACAAAGAAAAAAUGAAGAGCAUUUUCGUACAACAAA